GACAUUUCUUAAAAUGUUUCAAAACACUAACUUAACACUAGUGAGGGCAAUAAAAGUUUGGCAGUUUCGUGGUAUUUUUAUGUUUGCUGCAGGUAAAAUCGUUCGGCGCACGGUUCGGCGUCCAUAAAAUUGUGAGUCAAUUAUACUUAGUUUAACUGGGCUCAGUAUUAAAUUAUUCUCUUUGCAUUGACAGUUCCUUCUCGUCGCAAGGUACAAAUUUCUAGCUGCGAUGGCUUCCUGCCAGAACUAAACUAUGAAGGAGGAUGCCAGCUUUCGUCCACGUCACGGAUCUUUCGGGCAAGUAAAGUAUCUCGCGCGUCACCGGCGACAUGAAGGCCAAGACCGAUCGUGACGAGGCCUCACCCGCUUUGUUGGCCACUCAGGACGUCGUCGAAAAGUGCAAGUUGCUGCGUGCCACCGGCGGAAAUCGCACCAAGACACCGGGACCGGGUGCCCAGUUGGUGCUCCGUGCCCUGGCCUGUUCGUCGAAGAAUAUUGUGAAUUUUGUGAAUAUUUUGUAGUGCUUUGUAGUGUAAUCACAAAUUAAUGCUCUGUUUUAAUUUGGGAGGUGUUUUCAUUUUUCCUGGAUAACACGAAGUUGUUCCUCAAGUAAGACUUAGUCGACAAAAAACAUCCGAAUGAACAUAUUUCAGGACGGACGAGACGAUUGACGCAGGGCAUCUAGGUGGAACAUCUCAGUACACGCAGUUUAGAAUCUCGAAAGCAAUGCAACACAGCAAAAAAACAAACAAACUUUCAAAAUCGUCAU